AUGGCAUCCAGGCCAGAGUUGAAGGUUGACGAUGAAGUCGGGUUUAUUCGAUUUUUUCGCUCAUUAGAUCCAGAAGACGACGCUACGGUCCGUGUGUUUGACCGUGGUGACUGGUAUACUGCCCAUGGCGCAGAUGCAGAAUACAUUGCCCGUACAGUCUAUAAGACCACGUCUGUCAUACGAACACUGGGCCGAAGUGACAGCGGCCUCCCCUCGGUGACCCUUUCUGUCACCGUGUUUCGAUCCUUUUUACGUGAAGCCCUUUUCCGCCUGAAUAAACGGGUUCAGAUAUGGUCAUCGCAAGGAGGUGCUUCGGGGAGAGGCUGGAAGCUCUCAAAACAAGCCAGUCCAGGAAAUUUACAAGAUGUAGAGGAGGAACUAGGUGGAGCGUCUGGGGGGAAUGCAAUGGACACCGCCCCGAUUAUUCUCGCCGUCAAGGUCGUUGCUAAGGCCAAAGAGAUGAGACACGUUGGCGUAUGCUUUGCAGAUGCCAGUGUACGGGAGCUUGGCGUCAGCGAAUUUGUCGACAACGACCUAUACUCCAAUUUUGAGUCAUUACUUAUUCAGCUCGGAGUCAAAGAGUGUUUGAUACCGGCCGAAGGGCAGAAAAAGGAUGUUGAACUAUCAAAGUUGAGGCAAAUUGCUGACAGCUGCGGAGUAGCCAUCACACAACGGCCAGUUAGCGAUUUUGGAACCAAGGAUAUCGAGCAGGAUCUAUCUAGGCUCUUGAAGGAUGAGACAGGACCAGCGAUGUUACCCCAAACGGACCUUAAGUUGGCAAUGGGCUCAGCUGCAGCAUUGAUCGGUUACCUCAAUGCAAUGUCCGAUCCAUCAAAUUUCGGCCAAUAUCAACUCUACAAACAUGAUCUUGCACAGUACAUGAAACUUGAUGCAUCCGCUCUCAGGGCGCUGAAUCUCAUGCCUGGGCCCCGGGAUGGCGUGAAAAGUAUGAGUCUUUAUGGGCUGCUAAACCACUGCAAGACGCCUGUCGGAGGCCGUUUACUGGCUCAAUGGCUAAAACAGCCACUUAUGAACCAUACGGAUAUUGAGAAACGUCAGCAGUUAGUUGAGGCGUUCGUUACGGACACGGAAUUGAGGCAGACUAUGCAAGAGGACCACCUCCGGGCCAUACCGGACCUAUUCAGGCUGGCCAAACGUUUUCAGAGGGGAUUGGCCAACUUAGAAGAUGUCGUCCGUGUUUAUCAAGUGGUGAUUCGCAUACCUGGCUUUAUAAACUCUUUCGAAGGCGUCAUGGAUGAGAAGUACCAAGCACCUCUGGAUGCAGAAUACACAACCAAGCUUCGCAAACUUUCAAAUGAUUUGGGGAAGUUAGCAGAAAUGGUCGAGACAACAGUCGACCUUGAAGCUUUAGACAACCAUGAAUUCAUCAUUAAACCAGAGUUUGACGAUAGUUUGCGGAUAAUUAGAAAGAAACUUGACAAACUAAGAAACGAUAUGGACUCGGAGCAUAGGAGAGUCGGUCGUGAUCUCGGUCAAGACACUGAGAAGAAGCUUUUUCUCGAAAACCACCGAGUUCACGGGUGGUGCUUUAGGUUAACCAGAAAUGAAGCGGGCUGUAUUCGCAACAAAAGAGAGUACCAGGAAUGCUCGACGCAGAAAAAUGGCGUAUACUUCACUACAUCUACUAUGCAAUCUUUACGAAGAGAGCACGACCAGCUCUCAAUGAACUAUAACCGAACACAGAGCGGGCUCGUGAAUGAGGUUGUCAACGUUGCAGCUUCAUACUGCCCACUACUAGAGCAGCUAGCUGGCAUCCUAGCACAUCUCGAUGUAAUAGUGAGCUUUGCUCAUGUAUCUGCACAUGCCCCGACUGCGUAUGUGAGACCAAAAAUCCAUCCACGAGGAACGGGCAAUACCAUCCUCAAGGAAGCGCGUCACCCUUGCAUGGAAAUGCAAGACGACAUAACUUUCAUUACCAAUGAUGUUUCUCUGAUCAGAGAUAAGUCCUCCUUUUUGAUCAUUACAGGCCCUAAUAUGGGUGGUAAAUCUACAUAUAUCAGACAGAUAGGGGUCAUAGCACUCAUGGCGCAGACAGGAUGCUUUGUCCCUUGCUCAGAGGCAGAGCUUACUAUAUUUGACUGUAUCCUGGCUCGUGUGGGAGCCAGUGACUCUCAGCUAAAGGGGGUCUCGACGUUCAUGGCCGAGAUGCUCGAGACCGCGAAUAUCCUGAAAUCGGCAACGUCCGAGUCUUUGAUCAUAAUUGACGAACUAGGCCGGGGGACAAGCACCUAUGACGGAUUUGGUCUUGCAUGGGCAAUAUCGGAACACAUUAUCACUGAAAUCAAAUGCUUUAGCUUAUUCGCUACACAUUUCCACGAGCUGACGGCACUGGAAGAACGGUACCCCAAGUCCGUGAGCAACCUGCAUGUGGUGGCCUUCAUCGGAGACGGUCCUGCGUCUGGAGAUAAGAAACCAGAAAAAGGGAAAAAGCAAGAAGUCACACUCCUAUACCGUGUUGAACCGGGUGUCUGCGAUCAAUCCUUUGGCAUCCAUGUCGCCGAGCUGGUCAGAUUCCCGGACAAAGUGGUGAACAUGGCUCGACAGAAGGCUGAGGAGCUCGAAGACUUCACCACCUCUUCGGCUGAUGGGAAGCAGAAGGCCGCGGCCGUCGACAAGUUCACUGCCGAAGAGCUUGCGGAGGGUAACUCCUUGCUCAAAGCCAUGCUGGUCAAGUGGAAGGCCGAGGUCGAAGCGCCUGGAAACGAGAACAUGAGCGUGGAAGAGAAGAAACAGCGGCUCCGGGAUCUUGUUGCAGCAGACGAAAAGCUGCAGGCCAACAAGGUGUUUUUGGAUAUCAAGGCCUUAUAA